AGAAGGAAGUGGUCCAUGCAAAGUGUCAAAGAUGGCGGCACACAUGUCAAGGCGAAUGCUGCUUAAAUAAUAUACAAAAUUAUACUGUUUUCUCUAUGAUAUGAGCCACUAAAGUGGAUAAUCAAGUAUAGACUGCACGUUAUUACUCAUAUAUGACCACAUAAGGAACGAGAGGAUGGCAGUUUUGGUGAUUUAAAUCGAACCGUGCGGUUAUUACUAGGUCAAAUUCAAAGGUGCGGGCAGAGUGGGUCUGCAAUCAACCAAUAUCAGAAAUCGGUCCGUUGUAUGAGCCUGGCGGCGCCCAAGCUUCAGCCAACUGUAGAUGAUAAUGAAGCCGUGAGCCCGACAUUUGUGAACAGAAACCCGCGGAACCUGGAGCAGAUGGCUCUAGCGGUGAAGGACAGGGGCUGGAGAACAACCUGGCCCUCCCAAAAGUUCUACCACAGGUUGGUUUUCUCUCGCUCCCAGCACUAUGUAACAGCUGAGGUGUUUGCCAACGGUGAUGCAGUCCCUGUGCUGUCGUGUUCCACCAAAGAGUGGGCCCUGAAGCGUGAGCUGGGUUCUACCCGUUGUGUGGCAGCCAGCCAGGCUGUGGGUGAGGUACUAGCACAGAGGUGUCAUCAAGCUGGCAUCACUAGGAUGGUGUACAGACACAUCCCCUGGCAGUAUCGCUCUGAUGCUGUUCAGUCCUUCCGGACAGCAAUGAAAGAGGGAGGAGUCACCCUCAGUGAACCACGGCAGAAAUUCAUUGGGAACUAACUGCAAAGGUUCCUAAUAGCCUAUAAAGAAAUAUUCUCCCUGUUUGUCUUGACACAAAUGGCCCAUUUUUAAUUUGAUUUACAUUGUUAUUUAAUAAAAAGGCAGACAAAUUAACGUGA